GGAGCCCAGAGAGGGGGCUACAGGAACAGGGAACAAAGGGCCAGAGAGCCAGGCAGCAUGACUAGGCCAGUAGCAAGAGUGCUAAAUGCAAGAGAUUAGAGCAGAUCUUGAUCCAGGGCUCCAGUCCCAACUUCUCCACCAUGUUGGUGCUAAUGGAAGUCACUCUUCUCUUACUGGCCACACACACUUCCUAUAUAAAUAUGGCAGUUACUAGUCCAGAAGCCACCACACUAGACCACAUCUCCGAGCUCUUGAACCCAGAGGAAUGUCGUGAGUUCUACAUUCGGAUUGCUGUUACCCAAAAAGAUGUCAAAGAACCACUUGAGAAGGAUCCAUUCCCUCCAAGCCAAUGGCAAGAAAUCUCUAGCAUGGCCCAGUGCAAAGAAACCCUAAACCAUUGGCUGGAGAUGGAAAGAGGUACUGUUGAUUGGGAUCGGCUGGCCCGAGCUCUCCGGCAAAUUGGCCGUCCUGAUGUCUCCAGGGAGUUAAAGAAGAGCCUCAACAAGAACAGGAGCUUGGAACCCAAAUGGAAUGUGGAAGACAACCAAACCGUAGAAACAGUAAAGUCAGCUCUGCUCAUUCAAAACAAGGCACCCCAUCAGAGAAGGCGCCACAGCCCCAUCCACAAUAAUAGAAAGGGACUUCUGAAGGAGAUGGGCUGGGAUAUGAAAACUUUCUUUAUGCGGUUGUUCCCUGCACCUUGGCACAAACUGAACAUACAGGAGUGCAUUGGACCAGCCACCCGUGUAAUCCUUGUUAGUUUUCUCACAGGACUGAUCCUCUGGCUGGUUUCUGUAUAUUAUGUCAUUUGCUGGAACUUGGGACAAUGUCUAUUUGCCAGUGGAGUUCACUACAACACACCCUCCCCUCAGCAGAACAUGAAUUUCACUAUGAUUUUGAAUGACCAACUCAGUGAAUCUUCUUUGGAUGAAGGGGAGGAAGAUCCAGACACAUCAGGGGAUGAGCUAGCAACUGAUGUUGAAUUUUGACUCAAGGAAGGUGAAACACACAGUAAAGUUGAAUUCAUUAAA